CUCUACACAAAGGUUGUAACCGCUCACUUAUAUUGUCUGCUUUCGACGUAUCUGAUCUGUCCCGCAAACCUACUCUUCGCUUCGCAUCAUUUAUAUUAGUCACAGGCCCUCUCUACCCACUGGAGCAUAGCUCUGCCCCCAGUUUGGAUUCACACUCAUUGCCCUCGCGUCCUUCAAACUUGCACACACCCAGACACACUCACCUACCUCACUACCAUCUUCUCAGUCGAUAAGAUGCUUACCGCAAAGCAGGCCUCGGUGUUCGGCUACACAUCAGUCCAUGACCUUCCGACGCCACCAUCCACCAGACCGUCACCUCCUGGGACGUAUCAGGACCACCCAUACAAGCGGGCUAAGUCGGCAAGACAGAGUCAUAGCCCUCCUCCACCUCCACAACCAAUGUCAAGUUCUCACCGUGGCUUGCCCCCACCGGCAGCAAUGGCCUUGCCUCCCCAUCAACAACAGGGACCAUCGGUGAGCUCACACGCGCCACCGCAUGCUCCUCCUCCCUCUCAUCACCACCAUCAGCAUGUCGUCCAGCAGCAGUCACAUCCUCAUCAACAACCCCCACCGCCGCCGCCAGGGGGCCAAGGUCUCCUCACUGUCGCCCAGGGGCCAUCGACUUUACCAGCACCACCUCCCCAAUGGCAAGGCUCAGAGGAGUCCAUGAGAAAUUGGUUGCAAGCACGAGCAGAGGAAGAGAGGACGAAGCAGGAGGAAGAGAGAACCAGACAGGAAACUUUGCGCCUUGAACAACGGAAAAUCGAGUCCGACAUGUUGCGAGCAUCUCUAAGUGGCGGUAUACCGCCCCCCAUGGUACCGCUCGUCUUUGCUGGCAUGGGAGCGGGUGGCGUCCUACCUCAGGCCGCUCUUGAUUGGGCUCAGCAAUUCAUGAAUACCGCUCAAAGCCAGCAUCUACAGAUCAUGCCGCCGCAAGGUCAAGCCUCCCCUCGCCAUCAGCGAGACCCUUCGGGUCAAAGUUUUGGCCCAUACGGAUCUGGAGUACCAGCUCAGGCGACGCCCCAUCCCUCAGCCACGUAUCAGACACAGCCAGGCUCUCCGUCUCGAAUCAGGUCGCAAACGAUAGGAGGACCAUCGACGCAUCAGUCCCAGCUCAUGGCGAAUCCGCCCAACACAAACACGAACGUUGCGAGUGGCGGGCUCGCAUCAGGGCCACCGACACAACCACCACAUGGCCAAUUACAAGGGCAACAAUCGUCGCAAGAAGCAGGCCCCGGGUUGUAUUUCCAUCACUGGCAGCCCCCGACGUCGCAGGCCGGUGGCUCGACAAGCGCCAGCACCAAUCGGCCCGGCAGUCCUCCUGGUUCGUCACAGAUCAAAAGGAAGCGAGAGGCCAUUGACUAAUGUGCAACGCGCUAUUAGGAGACAUACCCAAGAAGCGAAAGGCGGGUUCUUCGACGAUGGAUCAACCACCACGAUCACCCCCAUCCUUCACGUCCUCCCAUCUGCAACCGUCAUCCAACAGGCGAGGCCACAAACGCCAGCGGAGCGAUCUAUCAUGGUACCGAUCGAAUACGACGCAAGAACGGGCAGAGGAGUCGGACCGAUCGGUGAAAGAAAAGUCGCCGG